AUGUAUUCUAUAAAAACUGAAAAUGAAGACGCUAGGAAUAAUAUUAUCAGUCUACCACAGCUAGCCAAAUGCCUUGAGACAAAAUAUUUCUGGGGACUAUAUUUGAUGUUUGAUUUUGAUUGCUAUCAGCACAUCUAUGUACUCAGUGUAUAUCGUAGUAUUUGUAUUCCAUUUCUAAAUAUGUUCUUUCGAGUUAUCACUUUCGGAAUUGGCAUUGCAUUGGGGUCUAUAUACAAGUCAUAUUAUGGAGAUGAGAUAUUAAAUAUCGACCAAUACAAACCCUUUUUGGAGCGUUACGAUAGAGAAAGGAAAGAAGAAGAAGAAAUCGACAAAGCCAAAACUAAGAGUAACGAAAUUGUACAAGAUACAACAAAUGCAGUUUCUCCAGGCUCCACAGAGACAGAUUUUUCAGAAUAUUCAAGCACAGCUUUGCCAGACUCCAUCAAGACAGCUUCUCCAGGACCCAUAAGCACAACUUUACCAGACAUCAUUAAAAUAAAUUUGCCUGACUAUAUAGAGAUAGAUUCCCCAGACUCCAUAAAGACAGCUUCAAUGAGUUCAUUAUCAUUACGUCUGGCUGAUUUAAUUGCGCUCGAAAAUAAUUUCAAAGAUACGGAAGUUGAUAACGGAUUUUCAAAAGUUGCUCAUCUAAGAGAUCGACUAGAACAAGAUGCCGGUGUAGAAUAUGGAAAAAAACUGAGCAAUAAUUCUCUUGAAGAAAAAAGUAACGCAGCAUACCUAGCAGCAUUUUUACACACAAUGGGGCCUCGAAGAGCAAAGAAAAUUAAACAUUGUAUCCUAAAUGGCUCCAUAACCUUGGGGAGUAACAGAGAACCCCGUUGUAAAAAUAAUGCUGUGUAUACCAGUACCGCAUAUCUUACUGUUAGUGGUCCAGGGGCAGCCUGUAAAUUUCAAUACAAAUUUGACUUAAAUGAUGCCGAAUUUAUGACGGACGAUAUGAUCAAUUCGCUCGAGACGGCUCACAAUAUAGACGACACCCCAUAUAUUGAAAUAUUCAUCACAAUUGUACAGCUUUUUUUACGACGAUUGAAUGCAUAG